AUGAGGAGACAAAUAGUGAGAAUGGAAUAUAUGAAAGGUGCCGUUCUUAUGUCCUUGUCGUUCUACAGGUUCAACUCCUCCCACACUCAGAGCCCAUUGAAUGCUGCAAAUUUAGUAAUUGAAAAAACAACAAACCCCAAGCCCAAACUUCCCAAAGACGAGUUGGUUUUCGGGAAAACUUUCACUGAUCAUAUGUUGGAGAUUGAGUGGGAUGCCAAGACUGGAUGGGGAAAGCCAAAAAUUUCCCCGUAUCACAAUUUAUCACUCGAUCCUUCGACGGUUGUAUUUCACUAUGCUUUUGAGUUAUUCGAGGGAAUGAAGGCAUACAAGGAUAAAUCUGGCAGUAUCAGAACUUUCAGAGGAGACAAGAAUAUGGAAAGGAUGAACAAAUCAGCAGAAAGAAUUGCCUUGCCACAGUUUAGUGGGGAAGAGUUGCAAAAGUUGAUUGAUCAAUUGUUAAUUCUUGAUAAAGAAUUCGUGCCAGAUGGACAGGGAUAUUCUUUGUACAUAAGACCUACUUUGAUUGGUACAACUGCAUCUUUGGGUGUAAGCACCCCAGAUAAGGCUUUGUUAUUUGUCAUUGCGUCUCCAGUGGGACCAUACUAUUCAAGUGGAUUUAAACCUGUUAGUUUGGAAGCUACGGACUAUGCCGUUAGAGCAUGGCCAGGAGGUGUUGGUGAUAAGAAAUUGGGAGCAAAUUAUGCACCAUGUGUUUUGCCCCAAUUGCAAGCUUCCAAAAGAGGCUUUCAUCAAAACUUGUGGCUAUUCGGAGAUGAGGGGUACAUCACCGAGGUAGGGACUAUGAAUGUGUUUUUUGUUUUCCAAGAUCCGUCUACUGGUAAAAAGGAGCUUGUAACAGCUCCUCUCGAUGGUACAAUUUUAGAGGGAGUCACUAGAGAUUCAAUUUUGGAGUUGGCUAGAGAUAGAUUACCAAACGACGAGUGGGUCGUUUCCGAGAGGAAAUUCACAAUCCACGAGGUGAAGGACGCUGCAGAGAAAGGCAACUUGGUAGAAGCAUUUGGAGCAGGUACAGCAGCGGUUGUAUCUCCCAUCAAGAAUAUUGGGUUCAGGGGCGAAGAUAUUCCUGUACCUGUGUCCCUCGGGAACUCCGGUGAACUAACUUCUCAAGUUGCCGAAUGGAUCAGAAAGAUACAAUACGGUGAAGAGGACUACAAAAACUGGUCCAGGGUUGCAAAGUAA